AUGCCAUACUCUUUAGCAGGCCGUAAUGUGUUGAUAACUGGAGGCUCUCGAGGCCUGGGUGCACUUUCGGUCGAGAAGUUCGCUUCCGAGGGCAGCAACAUUGCGAUCAACUAUAUGUCCAGCAAGGAGACGGCAGAGAAGCUUGCCUCGGAUGUUGCAAGCAAGUACAAUGUGAAGACUGUGGUUAUUCAAGGUGAUGCAGGAAUAAAGCAGGAUUGUAUUAACACCGUCCAUUCGGCCAUUGAGCAGUUAGGUGGCUUGGACAUCAUCAUCUCCAAUGCCGGAUGGACCAAAAUAACGAACUUCGGCGAUCUCGAUGCCAUGGACGAUGAUGAUUGGGACAAGUGCUGGUCUGUCAAUGUCAAAAGCAGUUUACACCUGUUCAAAGCGGCUCUUCCCACCUUCAAUGCGAAUCCUGAUGGUGGUGUGUUCCUUAUCACGGCCUCAAUUGCGGGUGUCACGGCAACUGGCAGCAGUUUGCCUUACGCGGUAACGAAGGCAGCAUGUAAGUUGUUUUUUCGAGGGUGGUUUUGGAUGAACGACUCACUGUGGACAGUGAUUCAUCUCAUGAAAUGUCUUGCUCAGACACAAGGCGCAAAGGUCCGCGUCAAUGCCAUCUUGCCUGGUCUUCUGCUCACCGAAUGGGGUCAACGCUUUCCGCCUGAGAAGAUCGAGGGUUGGACGAAUGCCACGGUGCUCAAGCGUGCGGUAAGCGACUCAUCCCCCAAAGCAACCUUGAAGGCGCUAAUGAUCACUCAGCCCGAGGUGGAAGACUGUGCGGAUAUGUUCAUCACGCUGGCCAAGAAUGCUUCGAUGACAGGACAGGCCAUUCAGAUCGGUAUGUGA